GACAGAUUAUUACAAUAAUUUGCGUUGCAACUUGCAAACGGAAACAUCCGUUUACGAUUUAUCUGUUUAUAUUUGAUUUGCGAGUAAAAAUAUUCACAUAUUUUUUAAAAAUAAAUUGUGGUUUAAAUUAAUAAAAUUACUUUAAAUUCACCCAGAACCAGCCAUGUGCUAUGUUAUAGUAACGGGGCGCAGCUUAGCAUGGUUAUUACUAAGUUUGGUAGCUUUUAUGUUUAUUUUGACUGGAAUAAUGACGCCUAAAUGGCUCUUAGGGCAGCCUGAAAUUAUAAAUGAGAACAAUGCCACAAGCUUCUACAUACGAAGCGUCGGAAUAUAUAAUAGGUGUAUCAGAAUGACACAUGACCAUAACAACUGUGGUUCAUUCUCUUUCAACGGUCUCGCAACUGAUUCUUCUGUUUACCCUGGCCCCUGGAAGGCUGCUAUGUUUUUCUUGUCACUGUGUGCCUCAAUACAAUUUGCGACUGUGCUAGCAGGAAUUAUGGCGUGCUGUGUACAAUCUGUUUUCAAGAAAAGCGUCAUAUCAUUAGCAGGAGCCACACAGGCUUUGGCUGGUUUAUUUGGUGUACUGGGCCUGGUGCUCUACCCCUGGGGUUGGGGUGCAGAUCGGGUAAAAAGGCUGUGUGGUGAGAAUUCUGAACCCUACAUACCCGGAGAUUGCUCUAUAGGUUGGGCAUUGUUCGUAACAGUUACGGGAGUCGCUCAAAUAUUCUUGGCCUGCGCUCUCUCGAAAACAGCGGACAAAGCGGCCAAUUCUGAUAAAGUUCAAUUUCAAAUGGACGAAGGGAAACAGUUGAUAUGCCUCGCUUGAUUCGUGAGUGUUGCCAGCAACUGUAAUUCGAAACAAUAAAAAAUCCAAUCUACAUUUUAAUGUAAAGUAUUUCAAGGUAUAUUACAUAAAAAAUAGUUAUGGUAAAAUAUAUGAACGAUAUACAGGGUGGGGUUUUAGUGGCUGUUUUCUAAACACUAUAGCGAUUUUUUUGUUGUUCGUUCGUGGCCUAGCGGUAUCGUGUUGGUCUUCCAUGUUUGAAGGCACAUAUUUGAGACUUGGCUUGAAUACUGUUGUACAGUACAUAUUAUGUAACGUGUAGUAAGUUCACAAGAGCCAGCGAUCGGCAUAUCAACAAUGUAUCUAAGUUAAAUAGAAAUUGACAUUCCUCUUCAUUUUGUGUUACAAGCAAAACUGAAUAGUACCUAUUAUUUCUUUGUGAAGAAUGUAUUAAAUUUAUUUUAAAGUGACGUAGCAUUUAAGAUAAGUGUUUGUACAAUGACGUCACGAAACCUGUGCAUCUUUUUUCGUAACGCAAUUAUAUGGAUUUAUGAGAUCAUACCUACAAGACAUUCCUGGUUGAAAAUUAUUUCAAUAUACUAUUCUUUAAAAUCUAAUACUAUAGUACCAUAUGCUUUAACGUUUAUUUUUAAGAAAAAAUGAGAAAACUUCAACACACUGAGAAAAAUUCACUAAAUAAAAAUUGUGUAUUUGACCUCAAACGGUGGUUAAAAUGUUAAAAGACAUGUUCAUUGUUACAUCACUUUUAUGCCAGUGUAUUAAAUUAAUUUAAUGAAAUUAAUAAAUAUGACAUAUUAUUCCAAAGCCAGGAACUACACCCUGUAUAGAGAAAAUUGUAAAAAAAUGUUGUGACACUUAACAAAACAAGACUGAUCUAAUUGAACUCCAAAACUUUUGAUACAUAUACAUAUACUAUUUUAAAUGUCCAAUUUUAAUUUGACUAAAUCUUUUAUUGAGGAUAAUUUUAUUACAAAUAGUAUUAAUUUUCUUAGUAUCUCUGUGUUUUCUGAAUGCGUAUUAUUUACUCAUCAUUUAAGACUAAGUAUUAUAUAUAAUAAUGUGAGUAAGUGAUCAAUUAAAUAUAAUUGUUUAAAUCACACGCGCCAUGUCUUAGGUAGAUGGUACCUUUCUGUCACCAUAAAAAUCAUUUCUGAUUGUCGUUACAUUAUCUGAUAUGCGUAUGGAUGACACGGGCAGACAAAGGUAUAAUUUUUAUUUUUAUUCAUAAUUAUCAAUCACAGUUCACACCCAUGAGUGCGUCUACGUGUUUACGCAAUGCAUUUUUAUAAUCAUUACAGUAAAUAGAUAUAAAACAUAUAGAUUUUAAUUCACGAUAAAUACUCAAUAGUUAUGUAUGAACCAUAUGAUAACUUAACUCAUAGCUUUAAUGAUAUUCUUAUGUUUCUUAGAUUGAAACUUUUUCUAUAUUUUAAUUUUAAGUACUAAUACAGAAAGUAAACUUUGGUAGAACUCUGCACAAUUGGCAACACUUUGGGUGACGUAUACUUUUUGCUGGGACUUUUUGGCGGGAACGCGAGGAGUGAAGUUGUGUGAUUUGUUUUAUUUUGAUUAUUUAGUGUUUCUUCAGGUUUAAAUGUGUAAUAAUGGUUGUUUAUUAACUGUUUAAUAUCUGUGAAAGUGCACAAAUGUGGGAAAAUAAAACAAAGCCGCUGGACGUAACUUUUCGGGAUCCUCCAAAAAGUCCACUGAAAUUUUUUUAGUAAAUAACCACAAUUUUACUGAGAUUAUAUUUCAUCUCAUCUCAUUUCAUUUAAUUUCAUCCCAGUUGAUUAAUGUCUCAAAUUAAUCGUCUUCAUUUUAAUUCACUCCAUUAUAUAAUUUUUCAUAAAAAUAUGAAUAUAAAUUAAAUUAUGACAUGACUUAAAGGUCUUAGUUACCAGGUCAUAAAAUCCUUUAAAAAAUAUAUAUACUUUUUGUUAUUAUGAAAUGGCCAGGAUUCCUCCUCUUGUCCUUUAGACAAACCUUUAUUUAAACUUACUAUAAACUUUGCUAUAUUAAAAUUAUUUCAAUCGGAUGGAAAUUAAGUUAAUUUAAAAUUGUAAUAAAUUAAGAUGAAAUUAAAUGAAAUAAAACGAGAUGAGUUGAAGUCAGAUAAUGAAAUGUGGGAAUUUAUACAGAAGACUUCGGAAGAGCUUAUCUGAUAAGCGACUUUUUUUUUUUUAACCGCACUAAGUUAUUUUCUAACAUGCUAUAAAGUUCAAAUCUAACAUUAUUAUAUAGACACAAAAAUUUGCGUUUCGCAGUCACGCUGGGAAGUCCCAUCUUGAGUUCAGACUUGAAGUGUUGCCAAACGCGGAAAUCAAGUUUACCCAGAAUCUUGCUUAUUUAUUGAAUAACAACAAAAGUGCCAUAAUUGGCUUUAUUAAUUAAAAAAAAGAUAUUUCUAAUCAUUCAAACGCUUUAAUUUUUAUUUUAAUAAAAACAUUUACUAUUUUAAUGCUUUAUACUCCUAAAUAGAUAACUACUUUAAUUAAUGUUCAAGUAAUUAUCCUAUUAUUUAUUAAAUAUAUUUAACAAUUAAAGUUUUUUUUUUCUUAUGUGUUCUAACGAAAUUAUAAGUGUGAUCAGUAUUAUACAAUUUCUUUUAAUGUUUUUUUUUGGGCGAUCUUAUAGUAAAUUUGACAUAUUACUUUACCGUUACAUAAAUGUUUGCAAGCUGUAGAGAGAACAUAUAUACUGAUGCGGGAAUAAACUAGUGUACAGUAGGUACAAUGCCCCCAAGUUUUCUCCCAAGACCGAUAGCUCCCAUGCUCCGACCGAUUUCAAUUUACAUUGCGUGCUUAAACAAGAGCGUUUUUAUUUUUGUCGAAUCAAAUUAUUUUCAAGAUCUCGUGUUAGAUGUCACCAAAUCUCUCUUUCUCUCUCUCUCUCUCUGUCUAUCUCACUCUCUCUAUCUCACUCUCUAUGUCUUAGUUUUCGAUUAGGCACCAAAUGCAAUCAAUGGAAUUUUUUAAGUAAUGAUAUGUAAAAGCGUUUUUUUGAAAGAGCGGCGUGGUGUAAAAUCUAAAUCGCCGUCAUCAAAGACAUUUCGGUUUUUAACGCGUUCGCGUGAGCAACGUCUUACAACGUCGUGUUUAUUAAAAUUAUGAAACGGCGCAGCGUCAUGACGGCCUCUAGAUUAUCAUAUUUAUUUUGUCCGAACGUCUUUGGACGUCUAUUAAUACGCUUUUAUUAGCUUCAGACGUAUGUAUGUAUGUUUGUAACGGAAUCUUUGAACAUGAUUUUGAGCCGCUUCAAAACGUCGGAUUAACUCUAAAAAAUUAUUUUAUUGUAAAAAAGCGUGAAGUGCUUUUCAGGAUAUUAUCAAAAUAACUCUUCUACUCAUAACUGUUCAUAAAAUAUUUAUUUAUAACUACUUAUACCAUGCACCCCACGCUUUUUUACAAUAAAAUCAUUUUUUCUUACACUAUUUUUAAUUCAAAUUUAUUAAAUUUUAUUUUCAAUUUUUUAGUUGGAUUUUCUAUAAAAGCGUAUUUUGUUAGUUUUUUAAACUAUUAUUCAUUUUAUGGGCAAAUUCCUAAGGCGCAUCUACUUAGCGCCGCAACAGAUUCGAUUUUCAUAGCGUACACCGCCGCGUUUCCUAAAAAAAAUCAUUAUAAGAUGUACGUAUUACGGCGGGACGUUUUUAGACGUUGCUAAACUUUGUACGGGAAAAAGGUGCGCCACAGUAUCUACAUUCCCGAUCCUGCGGAAAGAAUGGAAAGCAGUCGACGUCGCCCAAAACACGUCAUUUCGGAUCCUCCCGAUCCACUAACGGUGCUUUUAGGUACUUCAAGCAGCGGUCAUCGUUCUCGUCGAACCCGUCGCAUGCGACGAAGGGCUCGACGAGUAAAUUAACCCUCAGACACAGCCCACUGAUUUUCUCGCCGGAUCUUCUCAGUGGGUCGCGUUUCCGAUCCGGUGGUAGAUUCUGCGAAGCACGGCUCUUGCUAGGGUUCGUGUUAGCAACGUCGUCAGGUUUGAGCCCCGAGAGCUCACCUACUAGUUAAGGUUACGCUGGAAUAGCCUCUCAAGGCUACCAGCUUAGGUAGGAAAAAAAAAACAGUAUCAAUAUUCAGAAAUGAGGUUGCUCACGUGAACGUGUGAAUUUGUAACGUAAUUAUUCGUUGUCCGAGACGAAAUGUCGGAAAUAAUUUAAUGAAAUAAGAAGAGCGUCAGAUUAAAACGUAAAGGUAACAUUAAUUAUGUUUACGACUCGCGGAAACCCAAGUAAAUAUUAAAUGCACGUAGCUGUAGCUUUGUUUUGAGUAUUCCCAUUUGGUGCUCAAAAGUUUCAAGGUUAAAGCAAAUUUUAUUAUUAAGAAACGUUUUAUAUUUUUAUGUAUGUAGCAAAAUGUAUUCUUGUAUCGUACUUUUGUAUGCUUUUACAUUUUUUGUGUGUGAAGAAUAAAUAAAUUUUUGUAUUUA